GGAGUAUCGGUUAACCCCUGCGAGGCCGGGCGGGCUGGAGCUCCGCGGUGCCGGAACCCGGGAGUCGGGGCUCCCCAGCCACACCCCUCGCGGGAUUUAAAGGGGCAGGAGGCGCCGGGUCGGGCCGAAGCCUGAACCAAGCGAGCGGGCAUGAGGCGCUGCCCGUGCCGAGGGAGCCUGAGCGAGGCGGAGGCCGGGGCGCUGCCGGGGGCGGCCCGCAUGGGGCUGGAGGCGCCGCGAGGGGGGCGGCGGCGGCAGCCCGGGCAGCAGCGACCUGGGCCCGGCGCAGGGGGCCCGGAGGGGGGCGGGCCCCGGGCCCGAACCGAGGAGUCCAGCCUCCACACCGAGCCCGAGAGGGCCAGCCUCGGGCCUGAGCCGGGGACUGACGGACAGGCUGAGCCUGAAGCAGCUGGCUUCGGAGUAGAGACGGAGCGGCCCAGCCGAAGGACGGAGCCAGACAGGUCCAGCCUCCGCACACAUCUAGAAAGGAGCAGCCGCUGGUCAGAGCUGGCGACAGCUGGUCCCUGGACUGAGACUGGGACAGAUGGCUUUUGGACUAAUCCGCACAGGUCCCACCUCCAGUCUCAGCCAGAGAGGUCCAGACUCUGGACAGAGCCAGGGGUUGAUGGGCCCUGGACAGAGCUAGAAAUACGUGGGUCACAGACCCAGCUAGAGAGGGCCAAUCUCUGGACCCACCAGAACAGGUCCAGCCUCCGGGCUCAACCAGAGAGGGGCUGUCCCUCAACAGAGCCAAAUGCCGAUGGCUCCUGGGAAGAAUUGUACACUGAUGGCUCCAGGACACAGCAGGAUACUGAAGGCCCCUGGACAGAGCCUCACGCUGAUGGCUCCCAGAUACAACAAGAUCCUGAAACAGCCUGGAAACAGCUUGGCACUGAUGGUUUCCCAACACAACAAGAUCCUGAUGGCUCCUGGACACAGCUUGAAACUGAUGGUGCCCAGGCACAAGAUACUCAUGGACCCCAGACAGAGCCUGGGACAGACUGCCUUUUGGGGGAGCCCAACCAAGAUGACUCAUUAGAGGAACCAGAACGUGGGGAGUUGGUGACUCACCUGUACUCUCACCUGGAAAGUAGCCCCCUGACCCCUGUGCCCCGCCUCAUCAUCACUCCUGAAACCCCUGAACCUGAGGCUCAGCAAGUGGGACCCCCGUCCCGGCUUGACGGGGGCAGUGGCGGCUUCUCCUCUGCCUCCUCUUUCGACGAGUCUGAGGAUGACGUGGUGGCCGGGGGCGGAGGUGCCAGCGACCCCGAGGACAGGUCUGGGAACAAACCGUGGAAGAAGCUGAAGACAGUUCUGAAGUAUUCACCCUUCGUGGUCUCCUUUCGAAAACACUACCCUUGGGUCCAGCUGUCCGGACAUGCUGGGAACUUCCAGGCAGGAGAGGAUGGUCGGAUUCUAAAGCGUUUCUGUCAGUGUGAGCAGCAUAGCCUAGAGCAGCUGAUGGGCGACACCCUGCGGCCUUUCGUGCCAGCCUACUAUGGCAUAGUGCAGCGGGAUGGCCAGGCCUUCAACCAGAUGGAAGAUCUCCUGGCGGACUUCGAGGGCCCCUCCAUCAUGGACUGCAAGAUGGGCAGCAGGACCUACCUGGAGGAGGAGCUGGUGAAGGCACGAGAACGGCCCCGGCCCCGGAAGGACAUGUAUGAGAAGAUGGUGGCUGUGGACCCCGGGGCCCCCACCCCUGAGGAGCAUGCCCAGGGUGCAGUCACCAAGCCCCGCUACAUGCAGUGGAGGGAGACUGUGAGCUCCACCUCCACCCUGGGCUUCAGGAUCGAGGGCAUCAAGAAAGCCGAUGGGACCUGCAACACCAACUUCAAGAAGACGCAAGAGCUGGAGCAGGUGACAAAAGUGUUGGAGGACUUUGUGGACAGGGACCGUGGACUCCUGAGGAAGUACGUGGCUCGCCUGGAAGACCUCCGUGAGGCUCUGGAGAACUCGCCCUUCUUCAAGACCCAUGAGGUGGUGGGCAGCUCCCUCCUCUUCGUGCAUGACCACACCGGCCUGGCCAAGGUCUGGAUGAUCGACUUUGGCAAGACAGUGGCCCUGCCUGACCACCAGACGCUCAGCCACCGGCUGCCCUGGGCUGAGGGCAACCGUGAGGACGGCUACCUCUGGGGCCUGGACAACAUGAUCUGCCUCCUUCAGGGGCUGGCCCAGAGCUGACCUGCUUGCCCACCACCAGGUUGGGCAAUGCCCACCAUUGGAUGGCGCCCAUCUGGCUGGAAGAGCCCCAAGAUGCGCAGGGGGCCUGAGGUUGGCCAUGGGGGAGCUGACAUCCGGGGAUGGGAGAGGUUCUGUUGUACACCUCGCAAGACCAGUGUGGAAGAUCUGCAGGGCCUUGGAGACCAGGUAGCGCCCGGCCCUUUCAUGACACGAGGGUUUAAGGACCAGAGAGGGGCCGUGACAUGG